AGGGUGUGUCACUUCAUCGUUAACCUGCGGUACUUUGAGAUGUGCAUCCUGCUGGUGAUCGCAGCCAGCAGUGUGGCUCUGGCAGCAGAGGAUCCCAUCAACAAAGAUUCAGAGAGGAAUCAGGUGCUGAGGUACUUUGACUACGUGUUCACCGGAGUCUUCACGUUCGAGAUGGUGAUAAAGAUGAUAGAUAUUGGUUUGAUUUUCCAUGAAGGCUCGUACUUCCGGGACGUUUGGAACAUUCUGGAUUUUAUUGUUGUGAGUGGGGCCCUGGUCGCAUUUGCGUUCACGAAUCUUAUCGGGGGCUCCAGUGGGAAGGACAUUAACACUAUUAAGUCUCUACGUGUUCUGCGAGUUCUCAGGCCUCUUAAGACUAUCAAGCGACUCCCCAAACUGAAGGCGGUGUUCGACUGCGUGGUGACAUCACUGAAGAAUGUGCUUAACAUCCUGAUAGUCUACAAACUCUUCAUGUUCAUCUUUGCAGUGAUCGCUGUACAGCUCUUCAAGGGCAAGUUUUUCUACUGCACAGACAGCAGCAAGCUGACUAAAAAGGAAUGCAGAGGCCAGUAUGUGGUUUACGAAACAGAAAAUAAAGUUGUUGACCGUGAGUGGAAACGUUAUGACUUUCACUAUGAUAACGUUAUCUGGGCCCUGCUGACACUAUUCACCGUCUCCACUGGAGAGGGUUGGCCACAGGUCCUGCAGCAUUCAGUGGAUGUAACAGAGGCAGAUCAAGGACCCAUUCCAGGGAACAGGAUGGAAAUGUCCAUCUUCUACGUUGUAUAUUUCGUUGUCUUCCCCUUCUUCUUCGUCAAUAUCUUCGUGGCAUUGAUCAUCAUCACCUUCCAGGAGCAAGGCGACAAGAUGCUGGAGGAGAGCAGCUUGGAGAAAAAUGAGAGAGCCUGUAUAGAGUUUGCCAUCAGUGCCAAGCCCUUGACAAGGUACAUGCCACAGAACAGACAGACAUUCCAGUACAGAGUCUGGCACUUUGUGGUGUCACCUUCCUUUGAAUACACUAUCCUGACCAUGAUAGCACUCAACACAGUGGUCCUCAUGAUGAAGCAUCAUUCUCCCCCAUCAGGCUUUGUGAGUGUCCUAAAGUUCAUGAAUAUCGCCUUCACCAUCAGCUUCACACUCGAGUGUAUCCUCAAAAUCAUUGCCUUCGGAUUCCUGAAUUACUUCCGAGACUCCUGGAACGUGUUUGACUUUGUGACGGUGGUGGGCAGCAUCAGUGAGAUCAUCGUUAACGAGUGCAAUUUAAAGUUUGUGAAUCUGAACUUCCUGAAGUUAUUCCGUGCUGCCCGGCUGAUCAAGCUCCUGCGUCAGGGCUAUACCAUCCGAAUCCUGCUCUGGACCUUUGUGCAGUCCUUUAAGGCCCUUCCGUACGUCUGCCUCCUGAUUGCGAUGUUGUUCUUCAUAUACGCCAUCAUUGGGAUGCAGCUCUUUGGAAACAUCGGCUUGGAUGACAGCACCCCCAUCAAUCGACACAACAACUUCCACACCUUCUUCAAUGCCUUGAUGCUGCUGUUCAGGAGUGCGACAGGGGAGUCAUGGCAGGAGAUCAUGCUGGCCUGCCUGAGUGAGAAGAGAUGUGAGGGCACCUCGGAGAGCCGCUGUGGCACUGACUUUGCUUAUUUCUACUUUGUCUCCUUCAUAUUCCUCUGCUCGUUUCUUAUGCUGAACCUGUUUGUGGCUGUCAUCAUGGAUAACUUUGAGUACCUGACGCGUGAUUCGUCCAUCCUGGGACCACAUCACCUGGAUGAGUUUGUGCGAGUGUGGGCUGAGUAUGAUCGGGCUGCAUGUGGCCGAAUCCAUUACACUGACAUGUAUCAAAUGCUGACCCUCAUGUCUCCACCGCUGGGUCUGGGGAAGAAAUGUCCUUCGAAAGUUGCUUACAAGAGGCUGGUACUGAUGAACAUGCCUGUAAGUGAGGAGAAGACUGUCCACUUCACUUCUACCCUUAUGGGCCUUAUCAGGACUGCACUUCAUAUCAAGCUUGCAAAAGGUGGAGCAGACAAGCAGCAGCUAGAUGCUGAGCUACGAAAAGAGAUCAUGACUAUUUGGCCUCACCUCUCACAGAAGACUCUGGACCUACUGGUUCCCAUACACAUGCCCACAGAUCUUACAAUUGGGAAAAUCUAUGCUGCCAUGAUGAUCAUGGAUUACUACAAACAGAGUAAGACCAAAAAAUACCAACAACUCCAGGAGGAGCAGAGUCGAACCCCUAUGUUCCAGCGGAUGGAAGCUUCCUCUCUGCCUCCACAGAUUAUCUCAAGUGCCAAAGCAUUGCCUUUUCUACACCCAGACGUGGGGCCUGACAUGGAUAGCAGGAGUGAGUUUGCCCCCCUGGUGCCACUACCCCCAUCAAUCAUGUUCCAGAAUAGCAGGACUUCAACAAGUCAAGCAGAAGAAUUCCGUAACCAACGGCUAAAGGAACUAGAGAAAGGAAAACUGGAGUAUCCCCACAACAGCCAUUACCUCCCCAUCGAAAGCCGAGGACGGGCAGUGUCCAUGCCCCGACUUGAGAUUGAGUCCGAGUCAACCGAAGACACAAGUCCAAUGAAACGCUCAUUGUCUACAUAUGCGGGCCACCAUUCGAGUGGCAGCUGGCUCAACAAGUACUCGCUGGAGAGAGCCGGCCCAGAGGAGCUCUACCAAAAACGGGGCCGCCGGCCUGGGAGGGCAUCCAGCAGGUCUUCAGCUGCAGACAGUCUGGAGAGAGGCCGUUCCAAGGAAAGGAAACACUUGCUGUCACCCGAUAGAUCCCUGUGCAACUCAGCAGAGCGUACUCAGCAUCCACAGCAACAGUCCCGGGAUGGGAGGCUAACUCGGUCCCCUAGUCUAGGGCGUUCGCACAAUCACCAGGGACAGAUGAACAGUUCAGUGAGUGAGAGCCCAAUCCCUUCUACAUCUGGAACCAGUACACCCAAACAUGGGCGACGCCAGCUCCCGCAGACUCCUUCCAAGCCCCGGCCACACAUUUCGUAUUCUCCCGUAGCACAGCGUCCCGAUACCUUGUCACCUCCCACAGACCAAGCCACCCCGAGGAGCAGAGAGGCCCGCUAUCAGUCCCUGAGAGUUCAGCCAAGCAAGACACUGUGGACCGAGUCUCCUGGUUUGAGCAAGAAGAGUGAGAGCCAGCACUCAACACCCCUGCGCUACAUUUCGGAGCCGUCCCUGACCCUGCACGAUGACCUGGGCAGCUUGGACCAGGCCUUGGGCGAGGAAACACUCACCUUCGAGGCUGCUGUGGCCACAAGCCUCGGGAGAUCCCACACCAUCUCAUCCGCCCCUCCUCUCAGGCACUCCUGGCAACUGCCCAACGGGAGUUACCGCACACGGGUGGUGCGAUGCGGAGCUACAGCUGUCCCUGACCCAUUCACUGACACUGACGAGGACGACAGAUGCUGA